AAAAAAAAACCAUCAAUCUUCUGGAAGCUACGCAGUUACCAAAUGAAGAUGUUCAGCUGGGUUCAAAAAAAGCUCACUAGCAAGAAAUCCAACAUUAUUCCAGAUAAUAAUCAUACAAAACAGCCUUGCAAAGAAGAGUUCAAUGACUGGCCUCAUGGACUGCUUGCGAUUGGAACUUUGGGAAAUAAGAUAAAACAAGAAGCAGAUCAGAAGGCAAAUCUACACCAAAGUGUCCCCUCUACACAAGAUCAUGUCAAUUAUCUACAUGGUCUGACGGUUGAAGAAGUAGGGAAACUUCAAAAAGAGUUGAACUUAAUAUUUCAAGAACAUGGACCGACAUCACCAGCUAAUCUGGAAGGCCCUAGUAUUCCAUUUGAUAGAUUUCUGGAUGCCGACUCGAGCACGGUCGAAGAUGAAGAAAGGGUUUGCAGUGGAUGCUCCGAUGGUUCGAAUUCAAACAACAGAAAAGAUGAUCACCAUCUCCAGUAUCGUAACAGCAGUUUGGUUCAGACUAGAGGGAAAGAUAUGUGCUCGGAUAACUCAAAGGCUGCAAUAGGGAAAAAAUCAUUAUCAUUUCUUUUGAAGAAGAUGUUUGUUUGUAGAAGUGGAUUUUCACCCGCCCCAAUUAGUUUAAGGGAUCCAGCAGUCAUGGAAUCAGGAAUGGAGAAGAUGCUGAAGGCCAUACUUCACAAGAAGAUAUAUCCUCAAAAUUAUAGCAUCAAACUGUCUACUAAGAAAUCCUUAGAGAGCUGUACCCAUAUCUCCAACACUGCCAAUGGGGAUGAAAAGAUAGAAAAGGCAGAUGAUGGAAGUAAAUGGGUGAAAACAGAUUCUGAAUAUAUUGUUUUGGAAAUAUAAAUUUUUGCUUGGAUAUGCUAUGGAGAUGCAUUGUAUUCUUUUGGAUGCACACACUUUCUUUCAUCAGUUGGGAAAAAAGAAGACAGCAUUAAUUAAUAAGCAGAACCGAUUACUACAAGGAUCAAUGAGAAAUAACAAUAUGAUCCAAUAGUUUAUUUGCAUCAUAUUAUUAAUUUUCAGAUUGCAAGCUUCUCUUUUAAAGCCUUGAAGGGAAGGGAAGGGAAGAGAAGAAAAUAGUCAUAGCCAUAGCUAUACUUACGAGAAUCCAAGUUCUCAGUGUUGCAUUUUCAAGAUACUCCCUUUUAAUUUUAAUACUAAUUUUAAAUUUUAAUCUUGGUUUUUUGAGAUGAUAA